UGAGAAAUGACGUUAAAUUUGGGUUAAGUUUAUAAUAACUAAUUAAAUGAUAAAAGUGCAGUGAUCGUGUUACAAUUAUGGACAAAAACAUGUGUAAUAUAAGCAAAAAUAUUAGUAACGAUGGUGGUGAAUCGGAGAACGAAAUCGAAUUGUCCAACCGAAUAUUCAGUGUGGAAAGUGAUGAAGAACUGUAUCCAAUCCCUUUGGAAAACCACAAUGAAAUAGUGGAUUUUGAGGACGAGUUGGACGCCGUGAACAUAAACAAUUUUUUUCAUAGGGUUGAUAGUGAUCAAAUAAUAUAUCAAAGCAAAAAGAAGAAGUUAAAACUAAUUGGGAAAUAUGUGAUGGGGGAUAUGUUGGGUGAGGGUUCCUACGGGAAGGUUAAGGAAAUGCUGGACUCUGAAACGCUGUGCAGACGAGCUGUGAAAAUUAUUAAGGAGAGGAAGAUUCGAAGGAUACCUAAUGGUGAACAAAACGUACAAAGAGAGAUAAAGCUGCUGCGAUCGCUGCGCCACAAGAACGUGAUCCGGCUGGUGGACGAGUGCUACAACAGCGAGAAGGAGAAAAAGUACCUGAUCAUGGAGUUCUGCGCGGGUUCGUUGCAAGGCAUGCUCGAUUCGACGCCCGACAAACGGUUGCCGCACUUUCAGGCGCACGGUUACUUUUUGCAGCUUAUCGACGGUCUGGAGUAUUUGCACGGAAAAAACGUAGUGCACAAAGAUAUCAAGCCCGGCAAUUUGCUCAUCACUUUGGAGGGCGAUUUGAAGAUUUCGGAUUUGGGGGUGGCCGAGAUAAUAGACCUCUUCGCCGAAGAUACCUCGGUUCAAGGCCAAGGCACGCCAACUUUCACACCACCCGAAAUAGCCAACGGCUUAGAAACGUUUCCGGGUUUCAAAGUCGACAUAUGGAGCUCAGGAGUUACGCUUUACAAUGUAGUUACGGGCACUUAUCCAUUCGAAGGCGACAGUAUAUUUAGGCUUUUCGAAAAUAUAGGCAAAGGCGUAUUUCAAAUUCCCGAAGAUAUAGAAGACCCACUGCGAAAUUUACUGUUGGGCAUGAUGGAAAAGGACCCGUACGACAGAUUAACCUUGCAACAGAUAAGACAGCACCAGUGGUUUACGCGAAAACCGGCCAAACAUGGCAACGUGGUGCCUCUACCGGCUCUUAAAGGAGACCAAUGGCACAACAUGACCACGAUUCCGUAUUUAAUCGAUCAUUAUUAUGAUUUGCCAAACGAUGAUUACCCUGAUGAGCACUUUUAUACAGAGCAUCAAUUAAAUGAAGAAAGAAAGAAGUAUCAAAAAGACCAUAGCAAUGGUACCAGUCAGCAGAGCAAUAGUUCAAAGCGAAGAUGGAAAAAGCCAAUUUCCUGCAUGACAGUGAGAAACUUUCCAGGCUGUAAACAGUCGUGACAUAACCUGUACAUACUUGUUAAAUAUUUUUGAUAAUUGAGUCAUUAACUUUGUUGAAACGUGUGGUACCCAUUUACUUUGUUAUAAUUAUCAGA